AUGGAUCGUGAUUUUCUUCGUCGUGGCCAAAAGGGGAAUGAUCGUUCACCAAACAGCCGCUUUGUUCGGCUGGAUAAAACGAGAUCUUCAGACGAUCUUGACAUAGGCAAGAAAGGGAAGAUGCGUAGAUGGCUAUGUUGUUCAUGUCAUGUCAAAGAAGAAUCUUACCACCCUUCAUCUGAACAUAACCGAUCCAAAACCCCUCCUACACGCCACCUCGACUACGGACGUAACAAUAAGAAACCACCAGCUCCUAUGAAGCCUCCUUCAGUCCCGAAGGAGCCUACUACUAUUGACGUCCCUGCAAUCACAUUAUCUGAGCUCAGAGAAAAGACUGAGAGUUUUGGAUCAAAGGCAUUGAUUGGGGAAGGAUCUUAUGGAAGAGUCUACUACGCAAACUUUGAUGAUGGCAAAGCCGUGGCUGUGAAAAAACUCGAUAACUCAUCAGAACCAGACACAAACGUCGAGUUCUUGACUCAAGUCUCAAAGGUUUCGAGACUCAAGAACGAUAACUUUGUUCAGCUUCUUGGUUAUUGCGUUGAAGGAAACGUUCGUGUCCUUGCUUAUGAGUUUGCCACGAUGGGAUCUUUGCACGAUGUUUUACACGGAAGAAAAGGGGUACAAGGAGCACAACCAGGUCCAACACUUGAGUGGAAGCAACGAGUUAGAGUCGCAGUUGAUGCAGCUAAAGGAUUAGAAUACUUACACGAGCAAGUUCAACCUCCUGUUAUACACAGAGAUAUUCGCUCUAGCAAUGUUCUUCUUUUCGAAGAUUUUAAAGCCAAGAUUGCUGAUUUCAAUCUGUCUAACCAAGCUCCUGAUAUGGCUGCUCCAUUUGGAGAAGAGGAGGAGAGCUCAAAAACUGAUUCCAUCUUCCCAACGUCAGCUUUUAAAGUUCUUACACGUUGUCUAUUCGACGAGAGUCUCAACAAAGAAAAGUACCAAAGCGUUGCAGGGAGCUUGGUUAUGGAGGAGAUCUUUGGGACUAGUUUUAACGCACAUCUAUUGGCUGCUAAAAGAGUUGCUGAGGAGGUUGGUUCAACUUUUAAGGUACUUGAUUCUCCUUUUGUUAUGGAAGGUCUAACCACAAGACAAGAUUAUUCUUAUGCCUCUGCUUUAGGCUCAUCAACAAGGUUUAGGAUAAGUAAUGAUCAACAGUCACUGAUGCAGAGACUCUUAUCUUCACAUAUCACUCACUUAAGUAAUGAGAUGGAAUCUGAGGUUCCACCGUUUGCACAUUCUGUUUACAACUUACUUGUUGAGCUUCAUAACAUAUUUAAUGAUCUCCCAGCUAUUAGGAAAGCUCUAGACACUGCAACAAAGAUGUUGUCUGAUGUAAAUAACGGUGAAGCCAUUGAUACAAAGGCUCUUUCUGAAGUUUACCUAUUCCGGAUUGCUGUUGAAGGUCUUAGAAUCGCUUUGAACAAUACUGGUCGGCUAAACAUCAGGAACCUAGGAACUGAAGUUCAGUUUUCAAAGCUAUCUUCUGAUGACAAAGCUUAUGCUCUCAUGGCAGAUGAUCUUCGUAGUCAGGCUAAGAAGUUUAAGAGCAUAGUAGCGGUAGUAGAUGCAGGUAACCUCGCUGGUCUUAGGAGACACUGGAGAACUUGUGUUCCUCAAGAAUACAAAGUUAUGUCAACCGAGCAUAAGGUGCUAGGUUUUGAUAGUAAUGAUGAUUUAAAGCUAAUACCAGUGGUGGCGGUUGGUGCAAGUGCUUUAACACUAUCCAAUGCCAGAUUCUUCUUGACCCGCAAGGCAUUGGCAUUUACCAAAAUGGUGUAUCCCUCAACAGCAAGGACAUUUGUGAAAUCAUCAUUAUCCGCCGAGAGAAUCAGAGGAGUAACACAGUAUGUCUUAACUUCAGCUGAGUCUACUAGCUUUGAUGCCAUGAGAGCUGCGUUCUAUGCGAUGAUGAUGCGGAAGAGACUAGCAAAACCUGUCCAUGCCUUACCAUUGGUUGUGCUUGGAGCCAGUCUUGCAACUUUUUCAGGGUUGGUCUACUGUGAAGAAGGGAUUGAAUGUGCAGCUGUGACUCUUCCUUCAGCUUCUGAGAUUGCAAAACUUGGUAGAGGGAUUCAGAACUUACGUGAGGCGUCUCUGGAAGUGACAAGGAGAGGAAACAACAGGGUACAUAACGCUAUGGAAGGUCUUACUCAAAGGUUGAGGAAUUUGACGGUUAAUUAUUUGAGUUUUAAACCAAAUUUGGUUCGUUAUUUUUGUAAACGUUGUAUCUAA